AGUAGGACUGGCUACCCUUCAUGUGUCUGCUUUAGGCGGAGCUGAAGUUACCGAGAGCGGCCGCAGGAGCUCAACACGAUCCGCGGGGCGAUAAUCAUCCACACCGGGAGAAAUGCGUUAAUUUACUCGAGCAGAUCCUGACCCAGCGAUCAGUUUACCGACCAUCAUCGACUGAGUCACUGAGCUGUUUAUCGAAGGCCUCUGUCGCUUUGGAUCGGACUCAAUGUCGCUCCUGUUCAGCCGCUUGAACCAACCGAUGGGUUUGACGCGUUCUGCCCUAGAUUGACUUCAUUUCAGAUACAUUAUGCAUAAUAAAAUAAGAUAAAGCCGGGAAAUGUUAGGCAUGUCGCCAGCUCGUGAAGCUAAACAUCGACUAAAGCGGACUGACACGAAGAAACCUGACCCAUAUUGAGAUAACGUUACUGCUCGAGCGUCUGGACCAGAACCAAAUAGAUCGAAACUAAAUCUUGUUUAUAAACGCUGAUAACAACCGAGACGUGAUCACAGAAAUUUUGAGCCCUCUCUUAAAAAGGCUGAAGACAUGCGAGGACGUGGAUCACACACAUUGCAUGAAGUGUAGGCUAAGUUAAUCGCUCGAACUCUGAACCAGCAUGGAGAAUAUUGUGUUUAUUAUCUAUUUAUAAAAGCACACAGAAACCCAAAGGCAUCUAAAAUCAUGCAUUGCCUCCAAAUCUAUAUCUGCAUGUCUCAUUUCGCACGAUUCCCUCCGAGCAUAUGAGCUUGAACUUCGUUGGAUAGAGAAGAAGGGGGAAAAGGAAAUCUAUUGGAACUUUUUUUUGGAGCUGAACCCAUCCAGAAGCAUCAGGACUAUCAUCAGGAUGAAAGUGCGGAUCCUAAACCGAACAUUAGUACUGUCACUGGGGCUGUGCUCAAUGCUUUUGCUCGGUGCUGUGGCUGCUGCUCAGAGUGUGGAGAGAGAGCGGGAGUGUGCUUUUAAUGACCAGCACCAGCAGGUGGAUGAACAGAGUGUGGCUGGUGACUGGCACAUCACCAGAGAAAAUAACACCACCCUGUGUAGCAAAAGCAGCCACUGCUUCGGCCUGUGGGAGAAAACACACGACGGCGAGAUCCGACUGGUUAAACAAGGCUGUUGGACUUACAUUGGGGACCAGCAGGACUGUCAUGACGACCGUUGUGUGGUUACCACCACGCCGUCGCAGAUACAGAAUGGCACCUAUAGAUUCUGCUGCUGCAGCGCCAACAUGUGUAACGUCAACUUCACAGAGAACUGGGUGCCUAGCCCCACCAAGACCAGCCCCCAAGAUCAACAGCCUUUACACAGAGAUGAGGCCAUCUUCAUCGCCCUCGCGUCUGUCUCCAUAGUAGCUGUCCUGAUUGUGGCGCUCUUCUUCGGCUAUCGCAUGAUGAUGGGCGAGUGUAAACAGGGCCUGCACAAUAUGGACAUGAUAGAGGCCGCACCAUCAGAACCGUCUCUGGAUUUAGACAGUUUAAAACUCCUCGAAUUGAUUGGUCGAGGGCGCUAUGGCUCUGUCUACAAAGGAUCACUUGAUGAACGCCCAGUUGCUGUAAAAGUUUUUACUUAUGCCAACCGGCAAAACUUCGUGAAUGAGCGCUCCAUCUACCGAAUCCCUCUUCUGGAGCAUGAGAACAUUGCUCGUUUUAUCGUUGGCGAUGAGCGUCUCACGGCAGAUGGGCGGAUGGAGUACCUGCUGGUCAUGGAGUACUACCCUCAUGGCUCUCUGUGUCGGUACCUGAGUCUGCACACAUUGGACUGGGUGAGCUGCUGUCGUCUGUCACAUUCGCUCACGAGAGGACUGGCCUACCUGCACACUGAGCUCCUGAGAGGAGAUGUAUAUAAACCUGCCGUGUCACACCGGGAUCUAAACAGCCGUAAUGUUCUGGUGAAGAACGAUGGCACGAGUGUGAUUAGCGAUUUUGGUCUGUCCAUGAAACUGACAGGGAAUCGCCUCGUACGGCCUGGUGAAGAGGAAAACGCCGCCAUCAGUGAGGUGGGCACCAUCCGUUACAUGGCGCCGGAAGUGCUGGAGGGAGCGGUGAACCUCAGGGACUGCGAGUCGGCUUUGAAACAGGUGGACAUGUAUGCCAUCGGCCUCAUCUACUGGGAGACCUUCAUGAGGUGCACUGAUCUUUUUCCAGGGGAGGCAGUGCCAGAAUACCAGAUGGCCUUCCAGGCCGAGGCGGGGAACCACCCGUCCUUUGAGGACAUGCAGGUGCUAGUGUCCAGAGAGAAACAGAGGCCGAAGUUCCCAGAAGCCUGGAAGGAGAACAGCCUGGCUGUGCGCUCUCUAAAGGAGACUAUGGAGGAUUGCUGGGAUCAGGACGCAGAGGCUCGCCUGACAGCCCAGUGUGCAGAGGAGCGUAUGGCAGAACUGCUCCUGAUCUGGGAAAGGAACAAACCUGUCAGCCCCACCAUCAAUCCCAUGAGCACAGCACUGCAGAACGAGAGGAAUCUCACCCACAGUCGCAGGGCUCCCAAAAUGGGCUCUUAUCCAGAUUACUCUUCAUCCUCUUACAUCGAGGAUCAUGAGGGCAUGGUGAAGAACCUCCCAGGUGACGUCUCCACGUCUGGCACUUCCUCUGUGGGUGGAAUGGCCGUGAGCGGCAUUAGCAGUGGCGUGACAGCGACAGGAGAGAAGAACAGAAACUCCAUCAACUAUGAGAGACAGCAGGCUCAGGCGCAAGCUCGGCUGCCCAGCCCGGAGACCAGCGGCACGAGCCUGUCCACCACGACCACUACGACGGGCCUCACGCCAACCACCAUUAUGACCACCAUCUCUGAAUCAGGCCACUCGGAAGAAGCAGGAGCUGGAGGAAUUGUACCAGUGUGCCUGCAGCUCACAGAGGAAGACUUGGAGACUACCAAACUGGACCCCAAAGAGGUGGACAAGAACCUGAAAGAAAGCUCUGAUGAGAACCUGAUGGAGCAUUCACAGAAGCAGUUCAGUGCUCCCGAUCCGCUCAGCUCGGGCAGCUCCAGCCUAUUGUACCCACUGAUCAAACUCGCCGUGGAAGUGACCGGAGGGUCUGCGGCCAGUGGUCAGGCUGAUUUCGCCGUGGGCAGCAGUGGAAUGGGUGACGCUCCGGCAGCCAUGUUCCCUCUCCCCAAACAGCAGAAUCUCCCCAAGCGGCCCACCAGCCUACCCCUCAACACCAAAAAUCCUAGCAGGGAGUCCUCUUCGUCACGCUUGAAGUUUGGCAAGCACAAGUCCAACCUGAAGCAGGUGGAGACGGGCGUUGCCAAGAUGAACACUGUAGUGGCCGCCGAGCCACAGUUGGCCACCGUCACUAACAAUGGUCCCAGCGCCCGUAGUGGUGUCGGAGUGGUUGCUGUUAACGGAUAUGGUGGGUGCAACGGCGCCGGUUCCUCUGAUGAGUUUGGAAACACAAACCCAGCCGGGCCACAGGGUGAGGGGGCUGCUCCUCUGCUCCAGAGCCAGCUGAGUGGAGAAGACAGCCGUCUCAACAUCAACAUCAACUCCAGCCCCGACGAACACGAGCCACUGCUGAGGAGAGAGCAGCCGUCCGCACGUGAUCAUUCCAGCCGCACCAACUCCAAUAACAACAACAGCAACAUCCACACCACUCAUGCCUCUGCCGCGGUUCGUACGUUAGCUCCUGCAGAUGCCCAGAUGGAGACUUUAACCUGCUCUCUUGGGGCACUAGACGGAAGAGCUGAUGGGGUUCCACUGAGGCAGCCUAAACCCAGGAGACCUGAGCGGCCAAACUCACUGGACCUGUCAGCCACUUCCCAGGAUUCUUCUCCCUUAGAUGAGGUCGUGUCACAAGAGGGGAAAGCCGGAUCGGCCGAGAAGAUAAAGAAGCGUGUGAAGACACCUUAUUCUUUGAAAAGGUGGCGUCCUUCCACUUGGGUCGUCUCUACAGAAACGCUGGACGGAGAGGUGAACAACAACGGGCACAGCCAGCAGACGGGGAUGGCAGUGUCUGGAGGCGGCCACCCAAGUUCUGGCCAAUCAAAAUCCAGCAUCGCUGUGUUCCUGGUCAGCGGCGGAACCGCGACCGCUGCUCUAACCUCCGACCCGCCAGACAUGACCUGCCUGUGAACUCGCACCUCCGCUUUUCCUCUGAGGACAAGCCCGGGCCAGACUUUGAACACAGGAGGGGUUUGUGUAUGCUAUUGUGCUCCCAAGACCUGAUCCAGCUGAUGACGAAAAGAAAAAUACGAAAAGAACAAUUUUUGGAAAGCAGACUCUUGACAGGACGUAAUUCGGCAAGCACUUAACGUUGUCGAACUUCUCCAACUUGUUUUGAAGAAAUCGCUUUAAACCGAACCCAGCUAUGCAGCAACAUUGGCAUAAAAUGCUUCCAUUUGUUUUUGUCAUUUCAGUUUCAAUAUUUGUUUUUACAGUUGUUCUUUCAUUUGUUGCACUUUUUUGUAAGUAAUCUCAAUCACGGAUCCUCCGACCAGACUGGUCUUAAAACUGAAAAAAAAAAAAAAAAAUACGCAAACGACAAUUUGUUGAUUUAACAAUCAUGGUAGAUUGGACGAAAUUAAAAUCAUGUCCAUUUAAAAAAGGCAGUGGUCUUUAAGACAGGGUUGACUGCAUCUUUAAAAACGUUUAUCCCAUAGUACAUCCAUAUGUUUUGUAUUUGUUGUAUGUAUCUAUGUACUCAGUUUUGUAUCAUAUUUUGAAAUGUGCAAUAGACUUUAGCUUUGAGGUGCUCCAUAAGACAGUUUUGCCGCAUUUGUUUCCUUCUUGUCUUAGCAGUGGCAAUCCUGUGUUGAUUCGGCCACCCCGAGAAACAUCAGAACAUCGCAUAAAUGACAAUCCCACACCUUUUCAACAAUCCCAUCAUUCUUGAAAAGGGAAGUAAACUGAAAAUAUUGGGGUGUUUGCUUCAAGUACUGGAAGUUUUUUCUGUUACACUACAAGUCAGGCAUCAGCCUGGACUUUCUGCUGGAAGUCGUGCUCUCUGAAAACACUGAAUAAUCAAGUCCCUUUCUGCACACGUUCAGUGCAGUUUUACCUCUGUGAGAGUGCAUGUAAAUGUGUAUGUAUGGGUCUAUUUCUGCUUAGCGGAGCUCCUCAAAUCACUGCUAACAAGGCAUCAGUCAAAUUCACAUCAGGACUUUCCACUUCCCAUUGCUGCCAGGACAGUGGACGUGGCUCUGUGUGCUUCAGAAAGCAAACACAUGCAUACAUGAACACAAUAUAUACAGCAUGUACAGACUGAAGCUCACAGCUAGCUACUUUAGUUCGGUUUUAGCUUCUUUUAAAGAUAAGCUCAAGUGACAUUAUAGUAUACAAUAAGAAAUCAUGAUUUUAUUCUUUUUUUCCCUUUAUUUUUUUAAGUGUUUAAUUUAUGUAGUACCCACACUCUUGGUUUAUUAUUCUCAUGAAGUGGAAUCAGUAAGUUGUUUAUAAUCUUAUAAAACUAUCUUAUUUGAAUGAUACUUUCAAAUACAUUGGAAACAUGUAGUUUCUUUUUCCUUCUUUUUCAAGUCAACCGUGUACAAUCGGGGAGGGAUUGGCACUUUCAGAAUGGUCAAGUUUAAGUGUUGCAUCCUAAUUUUGAAGACAUCUACACUUUAAGAGUUAACAGCCAUGACAUGGGCCUCAUAUUUUUGUCUUUUUCGAAAAUCUAUGGACACUGGCCUAUUUAAAUAAUUGCAUAGUGAUAGGGACACUCAAAUGGCAAGGCCCUGCUUCCCAAGAAAUGAAGAUAGUAGUAUGCAUUUAAUCAGAGAGCACUUACCGUGCUAUAUGCGUUUUCUAUAAUGAAUGUGAGUAUUAACCAUGAUUUGGCACAAGCCCUCAUUAUCUUUGGACUUUGACCACUUUAGAGUGGGGAAUUUUCAAAAAGUCAUCAGUUUUGUUUCCCCUCCACUGGCUUUUUCUGUCUGUAAAUAAGGCUAAACAGUGCAGUUGUAAUUCUAACAACAGUGCUUCAGUCUGACUUUUGUAUAUGUUUGUAAUAUAGUCUAACCUCUGUAGUGUAAAUACACAGUGCAUUUGUAUGCACAUAUAUAGACUCUUCAUCUGUUGCUUUGGGACCAAGAACAACACUAAAUCACUGUGAGAUUUAUCUGAAGAUAAACACAGUAACGUCAGACUGUUCUAAGAUACGCCAGUGUGAAUGCUGGAGUCAAACAGAAGAUCAUGAGCUGAAAUGAAGAUGACUUGCAUAAUAGGCGUAAAAACAAACCUCCAAUGAUAAUUUGAAUAAAAUGAACAAACGUUUAGGACUUUAGACCAAAGUAGUUUGUUCUGGAGGACUGUCCAUCUGCUACUUGUUAAUAAUGCAAGAUGUUUAGUACACCAGAGCCAUUGUCCAGUUUUACAGCAUGCUGAUGAAAACCAAAUCAUUUACAGACAAUACUCUACAAAACAUGCAUAAACCCUACAUGCCUUGUUUAUAUUGGAAGCAGGCCUUGAGAAGUUAAGACUUUUUUAAUUCAGUCAGGUUGCAGGAUGGUUUUUAACUAUAAAGUCGAAGUCUUUAAAGUUGAAAUGAAUCAGUUACUGAAUCCUACAGUGAUUGGAUCUCAUUAAACUCGCAAAACCAACAUGAAAAUGGUUAACAAUGUGUACCCAUAAAACACAAACUUGGAGUAUAAACUGUAUAUUGGGUGUGUGAAUGAAUGAAUGAAGGGUCUGUUGACAAGCUGCUGUUUUUUUGUUUUUCUUUUACUUUUGAGUUCAUAUUGAAGCUAAAGUUUUCAUUUGGCCCCUGCAUAGAUUGAUGUUAAAAAAAGCCACUGACAUGUUUUCUAUUACAGCUUGUAAAGUAAGCACUUUGAGAAAAAGAACAAACGAUAACUCGUGCUUUUAGUCUAUUCAGAAGAUGUUUUAAAAUGGCAUUUAGAAAAUAAAGCUUGCUGUACAACCCUGCGUUACUCAGUUGAUUAAAGAAUAUAUUAAUGAAAACCUGAA